AUGGAUUCAGUAACACAGUCACUGGCUGCCCUGUCCUUGAAGCCCACGGCGACCGUGUCGCAUGCAGCAACCGAUUCUCCAGCAGCCUGGCGGUCAGCGCUAGCCACGACGUCCGUAUCGGGGCCCUUCGAACUCAUUAAAACCCUUGUCUACAAACCCAAGACUGCGAAAACGGCCGUCCCAGUCCCCGUCGUCGUUAUCGCGCCAGAAUCGGUCAAUCCCAGCUCUGCGGCGAUAGGCAAGAAGCUGAAUCUAAAGGAAUUGCGGUUGGCUUCCGAGGAUCUGUUGAAGGAAUUUUUUGCUUUGGACAAGGACUCGCUCUCCCCGCUCGCUCUCAACGCGGGAAAUUUCUCAAAAGUAGUCACCGUGGUCGACUCAUCGAUUGCCUCUUCAUCGUCCCAGUUUGCCCUCCACGCACAUUCAUCCAGCUCUACUGUUUUCCUCACAGGGAAGGACAUCCUUGCUUAUCUCCAGAGCCUAGAGACAGCCAAUACCAAACUGCAAGAGCUUGAUCUGUCCGAUGCAGCCCCCGCCGCCGCUCCUGCCCCCAAAGCGGCCGCCAAAGGCAAGGAAGACGCGAAAAUCGAGGGAGCCAUCCAGAUUGCCGUUGGUGUGAAGAAAGAAGUUGACUUUUCAACAUGGUAUACUAACGUGCUCCUCAAAGCUGAUAUGCUUGACUACUACAGUGUCAGCGGUUGCUACAUUCUCAAACCAUGGUCCUACAGCAUCUGGGAAGAAAUUCAACACUGGUUCGACUCUAAGAUCAAAGAAAUGGGCGUACAGAAUGCGUACUUCCCCAUGUUCGUCUCCGCCAAGGUCCUAGAGCGGGAAAAAGACCAUAUUGAAGGCUUCUCCCCCGAAGUCGCUUGGGUCACACGAGCAGGUAGCUCAGAUAUCGAGGAACCGAUUGCUAUUCGUCCGACUUCCGAGACUGCUAUGUACCCUUACUACGCGAAAUGGAUACAGAGUCACCGUGACCUCCCACUCAAGUUGAACCAAUGGAACAACGUUGUCCGUUGGGAAUUCAAGAACCCCCAGCCCUUCCUACGAACACGAGAGUUCCUCUGGCAAGAAGGCCACACCGCGCAUCUCACCAAAGCCGAAGCCGAUAUCGAAGUCCGCCAGAUUCUCGAGCUGUACCGCCGAGUAUACGAAGAGCUCCUCGCCGUCCCUGUCAUCCCCGGUGUCAAAUCCGAGAAGGAGAAAUUCGCCGGCGGUCUCUACACCACUACCAUCGAAGGGUUCAUCUCCACCUCUGGACGUGGUAUCCAAGCCGCCACGUCCCACUGUCUUGGACAGAACUUCUCCAGGCCGGAGAUGUUCAAUAUCUCUGUCGAGGAUCCCGAGGAUAAGGUUGGGCAGACGAAGCUCUACGUCUGGCAGAACUCUUGGGGUCUCUCGACGAGAUCGAUUGGUGUCAUGGUCAUGGUGCAUGGUGAUAACCAGGGUCUGGUUCUUCCCCCGCGUGUGGCUAGCAUCCAAGUGGUCGUUGUGCCGUGUGGUAUCACGGCUAAGACGUCCGACGAGACUCGCGCACAGAUCAACGACGCCUGUGAUGAACUCGCCAAGACGCUCAAGAAAGCGGGUAUCAGAGCCAAGGCUGACUUGCGCGAUGGCUACACUCCUGGGUACAAAUUCAACGACUGGGAGCAAAAGGGCGUUCCCCUCCGUCUCGAAAUCGGCCCGAACGAUAUCGCCAAGCAACAGACUCUCACUGUCCGUCGAGAUACGGGAGUCAAGAACCCUAUUCCCACGGCUGACAUCGGGAAAACUGUCACUGAAUUGCUGGAGACGAUACAGAACGACAUGUUCACACGCGCUCGCGAUACUUACUUUUCCCGCUUGAAGGAGGUCACCAAGUGGGAGGAUGUCGUGCCGACUUUGGAUAACAAAUGCGUUGUGGUCUUACCGUGGUGCGAGGACGAGGCGUGUGAAGAUGAUAUCAAGGAGCGCAGUGCGCGUGCUACUCUCAAUGGUGAGGCGCAAGACGAGCGAGCCCCAUCUGCCGGUGCCAAGUCGUUAGCUAUUCCAUUCGACCAGUCGAGAUGGACUCCUAUCGAACCUGGCAAGACUAAAUGCCCGGCUUGCGGGAAGGACGCGAAGCGCUGGACGAUGUUUGGCAGAUCUUACUAG